AAUACUUGUUGUGGUUUUCUUUGAAUAUUUAUUUGUGAUUAACGCGGCGUGGCUUAUAAAAAAACUGUACAAAUGAAUCGCAAACAAGCAAGAAAAUGAUAACAUUCGGUAAUCCGAACACUUCAAACGCGGAGGAGUCUGGUGAAGUGAGAAGUAUUUGCGAAAGUGUUUGUAGUGAUGGGUCGAACGCCACCGUUCAGGCCGGGGCUUCAAACCAAAGGCCCAGAAUGGACAUAGCAUGUGUUUUGGACGUAUCCCAAACAUUGAAUUUGGCUCACAGAAAAAGAGCAUUAGAGGAAGUAAGAUUGGCCUCGGAUCUUGUAAAUGCAAAUUUACAUCAUAUACAUUUUGAAAAACUUGAUUUUGGAGAGACGAGUGUACUCGACACAUUCUACAAUGCGGACGUGGCUCUUGUGGACCUCAGUGUGCAAGUGCAGCAGAGUUCUCUACUCUACCAUCUUGGAGUUAGAGAGAGCUUUGAUAUGAAAGAGAAUGUCCUGCUCUAUAAUGAUGUGGACCCAGAUGCUACGCUGCGCCUUAAGAUAUCGCUGCCGAAUUUCCUGUUCGUCUCUUACAAACUAACUGAUGCCGGGACUUGUGUUACUACGAACCCAGCAGCUACUAAGUUUAAGGGAGAGGAAACGGCUGAUCCUAAACAACAUUUGACUCUUAGAUUGAAGAAUAUAUUGCAAGAUGUCGAGGUACAAACGAAAGCGCAUCUACAAGAGAAAUUCCUUUCAGAUUUGCGUAAAGCGCGGGAAACAUACACGGGUUUGGAAUUAUCGAACUAUUUGCACGCAAUGCGUCGAAGACUCGAUGACCCAGGCGUACUAUCGGGAGAUACGAUACUCAACUUAUUGAUAUCGUAUAGGGAAAUACAGGAUUAUGAUGCGAUCGUACAUAUUGUGGACGAUCUCAAGACCAUUAUGAAUAGGAAGAACUAUGUCAAUAUGCCGAUUAUUAGGUUCAUGUAUGCGUUCGCUAUGAAUAGGAGAAACAAGGAAGGUGAUAGGGAAAACGCUUUAAAAGUAUGCGUAAAAGCAUUGGAAAAGAAGGAAAAUAGAUUUCCGGACAUGUUGUGUCUCUGUGGGCGCAUUUAUAAAGACAAAUUUGUAGAAUCUGAGCAUACUGAUAUGGAAAGUUUAACUAAUGCUAUCCAUUGGUAUAGACAAGGAUUCGAGGUCCAGCCAAAUGAAUAUGCCGGAAUAAAUUUGGCAACACUUCUAGUCAUUGCUGGGAACGAUUUCAAAGAUUCCCAGGAACUACAGCAUAUAGGGAGAAUAUUAAAUCAUUUAAUAGGUAAAAAGGGCAGCUUAUCGUCCCUCAAGGAGUAUUGGGAUGUGGCGACAUUCUUCGAGAUCUCAGUUCUAGCUCAGGACUACGUGAAGGCGAUACAGGCCGCUGAGUGUAUGUUUAAGUUGAAACCGCCGAAUUGGUACCUGAAAUCCACUAUUGGGAAUAUAGAACUUAUUGACAGAUUUAGAAAAAAGAAUGAAGAUACGUCACCUGAACAACAAGUCUUCUCGUUUUGGAUGGAAUUUUUCGUCGAGGCGACUAAAAGCAGCUGCGAUAAUAUUAUUAGAUUCCCUGUAGUAAUUCUAGAAACAACGAAAGAGUACAUGCCGUCUUAUGUAAAUGUGAAUAUGGGAGCGGAACAGAAAUCUGUAGAGAUAUUGAACCUUUGUCUUAAAUAUAUGAGAGGGGAAUGUCGACAGGUUCAUAGAUGGCUCUUUACUUCGGAUAUGAUAAGGACGUAUAGUUUAUACAAACGAGACGACAGAUGUCUCUUUCUAUAUGUGAGUGAGAACUCAGACGAUUUUCAAAUAUUCCUGCCGUCGCAAAUGUUCCGGCAGCGCUUGUACGAAUUUUUGGGAGAACUCACGGCUGACCAUGAGAAAGUAGCCGAUUUGGAUACUAGUGUGAUGCAGGAUCAACUGAAGUUCGAAUACGAGCUAGACGAUUGCAACAAGCGUGUAGUACUCGGUAAAGGCACGUACGGCGUGGUGUACGCAGCGAGAGAUCUGAACACGCAAGUGCGUAUCGCUGUUAAAGAGAUACCGGAGAAGAAUCUGGGCGAUGUGCAGCCGUUGCACGAGGAGAUAUUGUUGCAUUCGCAGUUGAGGCAUCGGAAUAUUGUGCAGUACUUAGGUUCAAUAUCAGAAGACAAUUACUUCAAGAUAUUCAUGGAGCAAGUGCCGGGAGGUUCGCUGUCCGCUCUGUUGCGGUCGAAGUGGGGGCCUCUAAAAGAAAAUGAGGCCACUAUUGCGUAUUAUACUAAACAAAUUUUAGAAGGGCUCAAAUACCUCCACGACCAGAAAAUAGUCCAUCGCGAUAUAAAAGGCGACAACGUACUAGUGAAUACAUACAGUGGAGUUGUUAAAAUAUCAGAUUUCGGCACUUCCAAGCGAUUGGCCGGAUUGUGCCCGUCGACUGAAACGUUUGCGGGUACUUUGCAAUAUAUGGCGCCUGAAGUUAUCGAUAAGGGACAGAGGGGUUAUGGUGCUCCGGCUGACAUUUGGUCAUUAGGUUGUACUGUGGUGGAGAUGGCAACGGGAAAUCCGCCGUUCAUGGAAUUGGGAUCACCGCAGGCAGCUUUGUUUAAGGUUGGCUAUUACAAAAUGCAUCCCGAAAUUCCAAGUGAGCUAACGCAGAAAGCGAAGAACUUUAUUCUGCGAUGUUUCAUACCGGACCCGGAGAAACGAGCCACAGCCGCUGAGUUGUUAGAAGAUCCGUUUUUAUGCGAGAAGAAAAAAACGAGCAGUCGUCUCGGCAACAGCGUGGACUACAGUCGCAGUAUAUCCGUUCCCGCUGACAAAGCUAGAUCGACUGUCGCUCAGAAGAAGAUAUCGGAACCCAGUCUACCCGGAAACUUGCCGAGUUCACCGGAAAUCGAGGUUAAAACGGUCCGGUCUAACCCGACAAUCACUAGGACGGCGUCGUCAAUGCUGUCACCGAUAUUGAUAUACCCGCCGGACUUGUCGAACAGCAGUACAAUGCCGAACACUCCAUCUACUGAUGACAUGGAUAACAAUGACACUAUAUUGAAUAGGCGGAGUUCUUCAGGUGGUCUUUUAUCACCAGAGGUCGAUAUGACGAACGUGCCGCGAUCAUCAAUAGACAUAGAGCACGAUGGGUUUUAUCUCCUAAAGAAAGAUUCACAGCGCCGUCUCACUCUCUCGCGUGUGUUAGAGCAGGACAGCGAGAAGAUCUGCUCAAAAUGGAUGACUAGUAUACAACAGGACUUUGGAAAUACUGUGUUGACUAUGAGUCACUUAGAAACCCUGCGAUGCGCGCUCAAAGAAUACAUAAUGGACCAAAACAGAGCUGUCAUAGAGCAAGCUAUAACUACCCUCAAGGAGGAUUUGGACUUCGACUCCAAUGCUAUAAACGAGCUACAUUCAGCAAUAUAUAUGUUCCAAGAGGCAGUUAAUGUUGUAUUGAGAAUGCAUAGUAUCAAACCACAUUGGAUGUUCGCGUUGGAUAAUCUUGUUAGGAACGCUGUGCAAGCGGCCAUUACUGUUUUGUCACCAGAAUUAGGCGCAAAUCUAGCGGGUCAAGAUGGGCGCCGGGAACGCGGUAGCAACGAAGGGGCAACUCCUUCUGCAUUAUCCACCGCUACUUCUACACGAGAACAUCAGUUACACCAACUAAGACAUGAGAAUCAUAAAUUACAACAGGAAUUAAUGGACAGCUAUCAACAAUACCAAUCGUUGCUGCGGCUUAUGUUAGAAGAGCAAAAGGCGCAGACACAAAUCAUCAGAGAAUUUGUUGAGAAACGACCUAGAAUACACAGCACAAGAGAAGACGAUUACGACGAAGAACAAUACGAGGUGAUAAAAGAAUGGAUGACGUCACGCGGCGUGCCCGAAGAAGCUUCUAGAGCAUUAGCUUGUCAAGGGUUUUCAUUGGGUGAUCUGUUGGUACACGCACAAAGAGAGGAUAUAGCUAAAUUGAAUCUUAAAGGUGGCGUCGAGCUUCGCAUAUGGCGGGCAAUCUUAGAACAUCGACUGCAAACAAACAACAAUAUAUUACGCCGUACUAGCAGUACUGAAACAGACAUGGACACUAACUCCAUAGUCGUAGUCGAGUGUCAGAAGUGUAAAACUGCACGUACACUAUCUAAUAACUCGUGUAGUGCCAACCCUACUAUAGUCAUACGAGAUCAAGUUAAUGGCAGCGAUACAAAUGAAUACUUUUCAGGCAAUGGCGGAGUCGAUAUUUGACUAUUGCGAGGGUGGUGCACUCUACAAUAAGCGACGUUAAGAUAAUUCUAGAAUUCUCGAUUGUGACAGCCCUAAUCGAAUGUAUGGAUUUCUUGUUAGAUUUUCAGAGCUAAAAUAAUGCCUUCAAAAUAUAGGGAUGUUAUGUUUACAAUAUUUAUUUUCUCACUACAAAAAUUAUGUAUAAUAAUUAAUUAUACAGUAUUUUAAUUUUAGUUUACCGUUGUGCCAUUCACCAAUAUACAAAUUCAUAAUAAUAAAUUAAUAAUGUAAGUUUUUCAUAAAUUUUCAUAGUUUACACAAGAAAUCUAUAGCACAUUUUUCUCAAAUAUAUGUGAUGUAAAUAAAAUUAACGCAAUAAAGAUUGAGCAAUAGCUUUGUAGGUAAUCAAUUAGGCACUAAACUUAUGCUAAAUUAACACUAAAUCCCCAUUUACAUGAUGCCAUUUUCUUGUACAUUCAAGGGUAAUAAUAAUUGAAUGCAAUACUUUAGGCGCAAUAAUUAAUUUUAAAUAAUUGUAAGCAACUGUUUAACGCAUAAGUUAUUCAGUUUUUUCUUACGAAAAUGGAAUAAAAAUACCAAUUAUAACUUCAAUUUAAUUGUAACAGGCAAGAAAUUUGCAUUGUGUAAAUGGGCCUCAAUAAUAAAUGAGUUAAAUCAUAACCGCUUGCGUCGCUUCAAAAAUAAUAAUGAAAUAAUGAGUGUGUCACCCAUAUUUAUUUUACGUAUGUUAUAUUAAUGUUUGUAGGAAUAUUAAAGAUGACCACUAUUUCGUUCUUCAUAGAAUAUCUAUAUAUAAUUUAAUAUGUCUAAGUGUCGUAAUAAAUAUAAGGAACGAAUGAGCUCACUGAAAUGCUAUAAAAAUCUCACUUAUCAAGAACUUAAAUGAAAACAAAGAACCAUAGUUUUAAAAAUAUACACGGCAGUUUUUCAUAAAGCUGUCAAGGGCUCAGCUUGCCCAGUCGAGAUAAUUAAAUGUACAAAAAAUAUAAAAAUAUGUAUCAGAAUAAUUUACCUAUUUCUACUAUGGUUCAAAAUGAUCAUGUGUGUUUAAGAAAUUAGAUGGCACUAUCAACGCUUGAUUUCAAUCAUAAUUAAAAAUGUAUGGAAUUUUUAUCAAUUACACCUUGAAUACAAACUAUUAUAGUUCUUCAUAUAUCUUAAAGAUUUAAAAGAAAGUUUACGAAAUCUUGCUCACAGCAAUCCAAUCAUAUUUAAAGCAUGUACAAACAAACUAUGGUAAUAUCAUAAA